AUUGCUAUUACCACUGAUGGGUGGACUUCCAGAGCGACUCACAGUUACAUUACUAUUACGGCACAUGGUUUGACGAGUGAAUGGGAAAUGCAGAGUUACGUUUUACAAACUAGACAGCUUAGCGAAUCACACACUGGCGUAAACAUAGCCGAAUUCCUUAAAUCUGCAGUCAAAGAGUGGGGGCUGGACAAGAUUGGAACAAGGAUCGCUGUUGUUACUGACAACGCGAGCAACAUGCGCGUUGCAGUUAAGGAAGCCGAACUGUCCCCUCACAUACGGUGCUUUGCGCACACACUAAACCUGGCCUCCCAAGCAGGUUUAAAAGUCAACGCAGUGAGCCGGCUACUCGGCAGAGUCAGACGUGUAGCAAGUUUUUUUCACCGUAGUUCUACAGCCACAGCCGUGCUGACCACCAAACAAAAACUACUCAAUCUCCCUGUACAUAAACUCAUUAUUGAUGUAGUGACAAGAUGGAAUAGCUCUCUGGACAUGGUGGAGCGCUACCUUGAACAACAACAAGCUGUUGCUGCAGCUCUACUGAGUGAUGAACUGAGACACAAGUCGCGUGAAAUUGACACUUUGGACACAUCUGACAUUGCAAAUGCAGAGGAUCUUGUGAAGAUUCUUUUACCAAUAAAAAAGGCCACAACUGUUCUCUGUGAUUAGUCGCAACCAACAAUAUCUCUCAUUUCACCACUAAAACAAAUGAUUCAAGACAGCAUGGCCACAGAUAAUCACGACUCAAAUGCCAUUGCUCAGAUGAAGGCAGCCAUUUUGAAGGAUCUUACUGACAGAUACCAAGGAGAGGAUGAAAAGUUCAUGCAGGAGAGCAGUGCUUUGGAUCCACGCUUUCGGACCUUGCAACAUCUAGGCAGUGGAGAGAGAGAGGACGUCUUUGAACGAAUAAAGUUCAAAGCAUCACAGAUGCAACAACAGGACCAAGAUGUGCUGCCCAGGAGCCCACAUGCAGCAGAUCUGGACGACAGCAACGCAAGCUUUGUGCCUCCUCUUAAGAAGCAUGCCCUUGAGGACCUCCUUGGCUCUUCUUUUAGCAGUAAUCAAGUCACAGGUGGAAUUCAGGCAGAAAUUGACUCUUACUGCAAAGAAGCAUUAGUUUCUCUGUCUGCUUGCCCUCUUAAAUGGUGGAGAGAAAAUGCAGGGCGGUAUCCUAUUCUGUCUUCAUUAGCAAAGACCUACCUGUGUAUACCCGCUACCUCUGUGCCCAGUGAAAGGGUAUUUUCAACAGCUGGGGAUAUUGUAAAUGCCCAAAGGUCUCUUCUUCUCCCUUGCAAUGUUGAUCUUUUGAUCUUUCUAAAGAAAAAUUUGAACAUUAGCUAAAGGAUAGUUCAGUGUUUUUCAGAAGGCUUUUUGCCAGACUGUUUAAGGAUGUUUUUACUGUUUUUUGUUUCUUCUCCCUUGCAAUGUAGAUAUUUUGAUCUUUCUGAUGAAAAACGUGAACAUAAGCUAAAUUAUGUUAUUUUAGUGUUUUUUUUUUUUAAGGCUUUUUGACUGACUAUUUUAUUUAAGUUUUAAGUUAUGUUCCUAAAUACCAGUUUUAAAAGGCUGCUUUUAUUUGCCUUGCACAUUUAAACCUGACUUAACUUGAUCUUUGUUUGCACUUAAAGGGAAUUCCCUAUUGUUUACAAUUGUUCUAGGUGCUUCUUAACUUGAACAUUGCACAGAAGAAACAGUUAUGCAACCAAAUAUUACUAUACAGACUAUUGAUGUUCCUGACUACAACUUUUACUUCAAAAGCACUAUGUGAUCAGGGUUUUAUGUUGUCAUGAUCCAUAAAUACAACAAUAAAUUGCCUGUUGACUGGCAAAAGUACAAUAAAUGUCAGUAUUUUUUCGCUAUUAUCAUCACAUACACUACCGUGAGCCAUGUAACAACACCGCGAGCGUUUCCACAAUACCGCAACAACAACCGUACCGCGAAGCCAAUACCGAAACGGCGCCGUACCGUGAGAUGUUGAUACCGUUACAUCCCUAUAUGAAAGAUGCAAAAAGCUGCUACUUUAGUUUUAUUAUAGCCACACAGAACUCUGUGGGUUCGCAUUAGAAGUCAGGACUGAUAUAAAAACGUUGUGCAGUAUAUUAGACAUUAGAUCAGUAUGUUGUCAAGUCAAGCAUUGGCUGCUUAACAGUAAUUUGCUAAUUAAUUUGUGAAGUACAAGUUAUAACAUUAUUUUCGCUCUCCUAAAACUGCCAAUAAUUAAAGUUACAUACAUUGAGGAAAAUAAGUAUUUGAACACCCUGCUAUUUUGCAAGUUCUCCCACUUAGAAAUCAUGGAGGGGUCUGAAAUUGUCAUCAUAGGUGCAUGUCCACUGUGAGAGACAUAAUCUAAAAAAUACAGAAAUCUCAAUGUAUGAUUUUUUAACUAUUUAUUUGUAUGAUACAUCGGCAAAUAAGUAUUUGAAAUCCUGAGAAAGUCAAUGUUAAUAUUUGGUACAGUAGCAUUUGUUUGCAAUUACAGA